GACAUGCUGAGUUGGUACGGUGGCGGGAAGCGAGGGAGGCUGUGGGGACUUCACUGCGGCGAGCACACCAGAUUAGAGUCAUUGGAGAUGUCAACGAUAGUGAUGAUGAAGGUGUCGUAGCCCGACCGCUGUAGACUCGGAGCUGGCCUUGAUUCUGUGAGCGAGAUCUCUUCGUUGUGCUGCAGCCAGCCCGCAGAGUACAUAAUCUGAGCAACAGCAAUCUGCCGAGCGCAGAGUGUGUUGCACACCGCUGCAUGUUCAUCCGUAUCUCUCAACUCUAUGCGUCGAGGGAUUUCUCUGAGGCAGUGUUUGCCGUGAAAGUGAGCUGGGAAGCUCUGUUCUGGUCGCUGCUGCGUCCAGGAGGAGUUUAGCUUCAGCUGACGCUGGUGCAUAGUUGGCCAGUGCACGAAAGCAUAUUGCAAAUGCGAUCGUAGGGGAGAGAGAGCGAUUUUCUCAGGCAACAUCAGUGAGAGGGCUGUCCUGGACGUCAGCAAGAUGGAAAGCGAUAGGGAUGUCAGACAUCCAGUGACCAGGCGAGAUGCGAGUGAACAUGCUACGUAUCCAGUCGAGGCGGAUGUGUACGACACCCGUCGUGGGAAUUUGGAAUUGAACGACGGCGAGCCCUUCGAACAUCACAAUGGGAAAAUUGUACCUGACAAGAACAUGGAUGGCUCUAAGGAGGCGUUAGCGAAUCUUCCUGAGGCCGAGGGAGCUGAAGCAGGAUUCGCAGAUACGCCAGUUCCAGCAUGGAAGGAUCAAAUUACUGUUCGAUCUAUGGUUGUGUCCGUUAUUCUUGGAGUCGUCUUCAGUAUCAUCACCCACAGGCUGAGUCUCACAGUAGGAGUUAUUCCUUCACUAAAUGUACCCGCUGGCCUGCUCGGUUUCUUCCUCAUCAAAUCAUGGGUGACGAUUAUGAACAAGUUGGGCAUCUUCACCAAGCCUUUCACGAGGCAGGAGAAUACGGUCAUUCAGACCACCGUGGUGUCCUGCUAUGGACUUUCUUUCAGCGGAGGAUUCGGUUCUUACCUUUUGGGUAUGACCGAUUUUGCUUAUAAUCAAGUAGGAGCUGAGUAUUCUGGAAACACAGUACAAGAUAUCAAGAAUCCAGAUUUGGGCUGGAUUUACGCUUUCAUUUUCACAGUCAGCUUGCUGGGUAUCUUCGUUCUAGUUCCACUUCGUAAGAUCAUGAUCAUUGACUACAAGCUUAUUUAUCCAAGCGGAACUGCAACAGCCGUGUUAAUCAACAGCUUUCAUACCCCUUCCGGUGAAAAAGUGGCCAAGAAGCAAGUCAGGUGUCUUGGAAAGUACUUUACUAUCAGUUUUGCUUGGAGCUUCUUUAAAUGGUUCUUCAGCGGCGUAGGAAACUCGUGUGGAUUCGACGGUUUUCCAAGUCUCGGGCUGAAAGCCCUCGAGAACAGAUUCAACUUCGACUUCAACCUAACUUAUAUAGGAGCUGGAAUGAUCUGUCCUCAUAUAGUAAAUUGUUCCGUGAUGUUUGGAGCUAUUGUAUCUUGGGGCAUAAUGUGGCCCCUGAUACAGAAUAAUGAAGGAACUUGGUAUCCGGCCGGUCUGAAACCAAAUCAAGAUUUUAGAGGACUUUUCGGCUACAAGGUUUUCAUCUCCAUUGCAAUCAUACUCGGAGAUGGGUUGUACAACUUUUCGAAAGUGACUUUCAUAUCCCUCAGAGGUAUAUACAUUCAGCACAAGAACAAGCAGACGCUGCCCACAUCAGCUAAGGAGGAUGACGAUAUUAUUCUCUACGAUGAAAAGCGUAGAAAUGAGAACUUCAUGAAGGACGCGAUUCCUCUCUGGGUGGCUGUGGUCGGAUACACUGGUUUGGCUAUCAUAUCCAUCAUAGUCGUGCCACAUAUUUUCCCCUCGCUUAAAUGGUACUUCGUGCUCGUGGCAUAUAUGAUAGCACCACUCUUCGCCUUCUGCAACGCUUAUGGAUGCGGUCUCACGGACUGGAACUUGGCUAGUAAUUACGGGAAGCUUCUGCUCUUCGGCUUCGCAGCAUGGGCUGGAGGGGGCGGUGGUGGAAUCCUCGCAGGGCUUGCAGCUUGUGGGGUCAUGAUGUCCAUAGUAAGUACGGCCUCUGACUUGAUGCAGGACUUCAAGACUGGUUACUUGACUCUCUCAUCACCGAGAUCCAUGUUUGUGGCCCAGCUUAUUGGAGGAGUUAUGGGCUGCAUAAUUGCACCUGCCACAUUCUGGUUGUACUGGACCGCAUUCGACAUCGGAAACCAAGAUGGCAUUUACAAGGCUCCUUCUGCAGUCAUAUACAGAACGAUGGCGUUGAUCGGAGUAGAAGGUUUCGGAGCGCUCCCGAGUCAUUGUUUGCAGUUAUGUGCUGCAUGGUUCGCUUUCGCGAUCGUGGUAAAUCUCAUCCGCGAUCAGGUGCCUAAGAAGUACUCCAGAUUUAUCCCCAUUCCAAUGGCCAUGGCUAUUCCUUUCUACAUCGGAGCGUACUUCGCCAUCGACAUGUUCAUCGGAACUUGCAUAAAUUUCAUCUGGGAAAGAUCGAACCGAAAGAAGGCCGACACGUUUUCCGCUGCAGUUGCCUCGGGAUUGAUCUGCGGGGAUGGUCUGUGGACGAUUCCAACAGCUGUUCUCAAUUUUGCCAAAGUAGAUCCUCCUCUUUGCAUGUCGUUCUUCAGAGCUAGAGAUCCAACCAUAUUUUCUCCGUGAACAGGGGUACCUCUAAGUGGAGACAAUUUGCCACGACAGAAAGAUUGUACAGUUUUAGAUUUGUCCGGAAUCCAGACGGUUACUGGUAUCAAACUGUAUCCUCGCAAGGCCAAUUCCAUGGUCAAAGCGUUGCCGUCUGCAACGCUCUGUAAUAUACGUCUGCUUCAGAGU